UGACAGCUGAUUUGCUUGCGAACGUAAAUAAACAGUGGCCGCCCGUGUGCCACUUGUUGUUUUUCGUGCCCGUAACAUUAUUUCCAUACACACUUCGCUAUUUUAGUAGCUGUGUCUAGGAAUGUCGGAAACUAAAGAGCUCCAGGAUGACGAAAGAGAAGCACUCGUUUCGAUAUACGAAGGCGACAGUGCCUUCAAGCAGGUGAACGCCGAGACGUAUCAGUACAAGUACGGAGAAGAAGGCAACAAAUCCCUCCUGCUGGAAAUAUGUUGGACGGCAAACUAUCCAAAUGAACUUCCCACCUUUAACUUGGAAACCUUUUACAACAGGAAUCUAUCUCGCGCGGUGAAAGACAGCAUUGCCAAAAUUCUGCAGGAAGAAGCGGAACAAUGGAUUGGCUGCGGGAUGACCUACACAUUAUUCGAGUGCCUGAAGGAUAAACUGGAUGAGCUGUUGACGGACGAAAACUGCAAUGCGAGUGAUGGUCAGCAAAUGAUCAUCGGUACGACCAACGCACAACUGGAUGCCGCACCGAGCAACAGCGAUUCUGACGAUGAUGGCGGAACUAACGAAGGGAAGGAUGGUAAGAAAGACGCGAAACGGGAACAUUUGACCAAAGCCCAGAAACGGAAACAGUGGGACCGUGUAGAUAGCAAAGGAAAUCGACAGCGUGGAUGGAACUGGGUUGAUAUUAUCAAACAUUUGUCGCAGACAGGAGGGAAACCGGAGUAAUGAACAGGGAACACCAGGGUUGGCUGUUGUGCACAAUCAACACAAACAUCGGAAAGUAGAAGCAAUUGAAGUGAAUAAAAAUGCUACAAAAUUCAAUACAA